CCUCACGGGACCCCCGCCCGCCCGCCGCCCCCGCCGUGCCCCCAGGGACGAUGCCCACGCGUGGGGACAGCAGAGCCGGGGCUUAGCACCCCGAAGCGUUGAAGCAGCACCCGGCGUGGCCCGUCCCUGGGGGUUGUCCCACCGACAGACUAUGCCAGAGCCCCCGGGGGGGCUGAGCCGAGUGGCGCCUGCCCGGGCACGGAGGAGUGGACAGCGGGGGCAUCCCGGUGGAUGGACCCCCUGAGGCCGGCCCCCCGAUGUCGGCUCCGCUGCUGCUCUGGCUCGUCCUCCUCCACGGGGCCACUGCCGGGGGCCCGGUCCGGGGGGGCAGGACCUGGCGACACUGCACAGACCUGCGCCCACUGGACAUCCUUGCAGAGGUGGUCCCCGCCAGUGGGCUGGCCCCGGCCCUCCGCGUGUUCGAGGCGCAGGGGGUGCGUGGGUUCCAGCUGGCGGCCUCGCAGCCCCGCGCCCUGGCCUUCCCCGCCUCCCGCCUCUUCAUCCACUGCCACCGCUUCCCCGAGGAGUUCUCCAUCAUCGUCACCCUGAGGGUCCUCAGCGUCCCUGCCAAGAGAAACGAGUACAUCUUCACGCUGAUGGCGGAGGAGAGCCCCAGGGUGCUGGUAGGGCUGCGCUACGCCACCAACAAGCUCCACUUCAUCUUCUGGAGCCACGAGCACGCUGGCAGCUGGCAGACUCGCGUCACCUUCCCCAAUGUCUCCCUCUCCGACAACCAGUGGCACACGCUGGUCCUGGCUGUCUCCGGCCAGUCAUUCUCGCUGACGGUGGACUGCAGCGUCCCCAAGGAUGUGGUGAUGGAGACGCCGUUUCCAGCUUCUCUGUCGGUGAAGAGAGCCAGCUUCUACCUGGGCAACCGGAGGAGAAGGAAAGGCGCGUUCACGGGCUUGCUGAGACAGCUUGUCCUGCUGCCAGGAGCCGAUGCCACUCCUCGGAUAUGCACCGCCUUGAACUUGAAAGUAGCGACGCUCUCUGUCCCCGCUGUCCUCCAGGAUGUCCCUGUGAAGCCAGCGAGCAACGAGGUGCUGAAAUAUCCCUACGAGAGCGACACGAAGGUGACCCUGGGGUCCCGUCCCCCCUGCACCAAGCGGGAGAAGGCGCAGUUGUGGUUCAACGCCUCCCGGCGAGGGCUCUACCUCUGCAACGGCAGCGCCUGGGUGUCCAUGCUGGAAGUCAAACAAAGGCUGGACUACGUGGAGGAGUACCAGAACCUGGUGACCAACUCUGAGACGAUGGGGGUUGAGGUCUUCACCAUCCCAAAGGUGGGACUGUUUGCAGCCACUGCUAACCGGUACACCCCCCCAGGAUCAGCCGUCUAUAAGUGGACUGAUGGGAAGUUUGUGCCCUACCAGAACAUCCCCACCUACCAAGCUCAGUCCUGGAAGUAUUUCACCAUAGGAAAGAAGAUCUUCCUAGCAGUGGCUAAUUUUGAGCAGAAUGACAGGGGUCAGGAGUUCUCUGUAAUAUACAAGUGGAGUCGCAGGAAAGAGAAGUUUGUCACGUACCAGAGGAUCACCACGCACAGCGCUAGGGACUGGGAGGCAUUUGUCAUCGAGGGAGAGGCUUUCCUUGCCGUGGUCAACCACCGACAAGGGAACAACCACAACAUAGACAGUGUGAUAUACAGGUGGAACCCCAGGACGGGCUUGUUCGAAACCAACCAGACCAUCCCUACCUCUGGAGCCUAUGACUGGGAGUUUUUCACCAUCGGGCCGUAUUCCUUCCUGGCUGUGGCUAACACAUUCAAUGGCACGUCCACUAAGAUCUACUCGCACAUCUACAUCUGGCUUAGUGGCUCAUUUCAGCUCUUCCAGUCUAUCCUGACUUUUGGUGCUGCUGACUGGGAGGUCUUUCAUAUCGGGGACAGAGUCUUCCUGGCAGUUGCAAACAGCCACAGCUAUGACAGUGGGAUGCCGGCACCCUCCAACUUUUACGCCAUCAACUCCUCCAUCUAUGAGCUGAACAUCACUGCCCAGAUGUUUGUCAAAUUCCAGGACGUUCUCACCUACAGCGCCCUGGACUGGGAGUUCUUCUCGGUGGGAGAUGACUCUUUUCUGGUGGUAGCAAACUCCUUCGAUGGCCUCACCUUUGCCGUUAACAGUAUUAUCUACAGAGCCCACUGCCCUCCUGUGCAGGUGGCAAGGCUAUGAAGGCUUCGUAGCAGCUCACCACCUCCCCACCGUCGGCUGCAGAGACUGGGAGGCAUUUCACACCGCCGAGGGCUCCUACCUCCUCUACUCCAGUGCCAAGGAGCCGCUUUCCAAGGUGCUCAAGCUGAAAACCACCUGAGGUGGCUGAGACACGCUCAGCUCAUCACUGGGAUCGGGGUGUGCUGUGCAUCAGGGUGAAGAUGGACCACAGAGCCCAGGGAUGGCUGUGGCAUCAGCCCUGUGGCUGGCUGGUUGUGUGCGCCAUGGGACAGGGAGGAGCAGGAGGAGGGGAGCUCCGUGGGUCCCUGCAGCCCUGUCCGGGGGCUGGCAGAGGGACUGUGAGCCUGUUUUUGUGCUCUUUUCUCCUGCCAUGCUCCAAGUCAUGUCCUACCCAGGCUACCUGGAGCCCAGGCGCUUCCCCGUGCUCACCAAGACCCCUGGUAGUCUUCAGCCAGGAGGGACCCAGAGCAGCCGUUGUUGUGGCCAGAACUCGCACAAAGCCAGGGGAGGAACAAGACUGAGCAGAGUGUGUGCUGCUGGGGUGGGUGCAUGGCAGUGGGGGAGGAAAUGGCACGUGAGAAAUUGGGGAAAAAGGCAGCUUUGGGCUCAGCUCUGGCUGCCCAGCACCUGGGGCCAUGAUGCUGCUGAGGACCCACCCGGUUUGACAUUGCACACCACACUUCGUGUGCAUCUUCGGUGGCCUCGCCACCCCAUCCCACAGCCAUGGGUGCCUGCACACCCUCCCGCUCCACCAUGGCUGGUUUUGGUUGUCCUCACCGAGUGAUGUGUGUAUAUUGUACAAACCGUAGGAGCGCACAGGCACCGAUGCUGGUCCUUGCACAUCUUUGCAUGAGGUCAGAGACUCCCCAGCAAGCCUGCUGUGCACCAGGACCAAUCCAGCUACCGUAGGCAUGGGAAAUACCCCAAACUGCUCUAGGUGAAACCGUGGCCUCUUUUCUUUUCCUUGCCUUGGUCUGGGAGACGCUUUUGCUUAACCAGAGCUGUAAUAAACUGUGUGCACCCAGA